AUGAUAUUUAAUAGUCUAUUAAAAAUAUCAAGUAGCACAUUAGAUGUGUAUCAAUUUCGAAAUCGAGCAACAUACUAUAAACAAUCAAAUGGGUGGACACCGAAAUUUUUAAGAAGAUUUUUAAUAAGAUAUCCAAGAGGACCUUACUAUAUAGUUACAGGUAUAUUAGUUGGUUCAAUGAUAGCACCAGUUUUUUAUUGGAUUUUUAAAUAUUACACGAUGUCUUUUGAUGAAUUUAAGGAUUAUAGAACUAAUUAUAAUAAAAAUGUAAUUAAAAGGCAACGUUUUGGUGAAGGAUUAAUAUUUCCAUGGAAAAGUAAAGAAACUGAUGAGGAAAAAUAA